AUGCCUUUGGCUAGAGAUUUACUACACCCAUCCUUGGAAGAGGAAAAGAAAAAACACAAAAAGAAACAGCUAGUUCAGAGCCCAAAUUCCUAUUUUUUGGAUGUAAAAUGUCCAGGUUGUUACAAGGUUACCACGGUUUUCAGCCAUGCUCAGACGGCGGUUCUUUGUGUAGGCUGUUCAACAGUGUUGUGCCAGCCAACAGGAGGAAAGGCCAGACUCACAGAGGGGUGUUUAUUUAGAAGAAAGCAACGCUAAUGAUCCACACGACCUCUUGAAUUUGUGUUAUAUCACAGAAAGCCUUAUGAGUUUAGUAAUUC